AUCACAGUUAUGUCGGAUCUUUUGAAACCGUUUUUGGCUUCAACAGAACUUUCUUCCCUAAAUGACUGAAUGCAAAGUGCUCAUCUGAGGUAAGAAACUCCUGCAGCGACGUGUGCAAUGGCCUCAAAAUAGGAAAUCGAAACUGACGGAUUUCCCGAGUAAUGUUUAACACCUGAUCGUAAGACACAAACUGCUGAAGAAAGUUCAGUAUUAAAGCAGCACUGACGAGAAAAACACGUCUCAUCGUCCACACAUCUGAAGAGCUCGCUGAAGAACACGACAGGCCACAGAACGCACGGUCGCUGUUGUUUAUACCAUUAAAGAACGAUAAGUACAUUGUACAUGCAUCAUGGCUCAACCAAAACCGCUCUUUGUGCCCUGGCUGUGUGAACAAAUCCAAAGUGGAAGUUAUCCUGGAGUGUGCUGGACCCAUAAAGAACAAAGACAGUUUAGCAUUCCCUGGAAGCAUGCUUUAAGACAGGACUCCAACAGUGAUGAUGUCCUCAUAUUCAAGGCCUGGGCUCAGACGAGUGCCGCUGGAGAUGGCAGGUUAAAUGGAGAUCACUCUGUUUGGAAGAGAAACUUCCGUAGCGCUCUUCGUGCAAAAGGCUUCAAGAUGAUAUUUGACAAAAAGAACGAUGCCGCUAAUCCACAUAAAGUCUAUCAGUUUCCAUCUGAACCUCAUUCUGCAGCUUUGGGAUCUGAGGGCUCUCAAGAGACUGAUUUCUCACCAGAUCUAUAUGUGGAGGAUAGCGACAUGUUCUCUACACAUCCACCCCAAGGAUUGGAGCAAGAUUUCACAGGACUAAACCUUAAGGAAAGUCCCUCACGAGUUCAUGAAGUUUGGAAUCCAGAUCAGUUAUAUCUGGGGCUCGAAGAUCAAGGACUUUUCCAAGAAACCAGUCCAUGUCCAGAAUCCCAGUAUACCGAGCUCCAUUAUCAGAUAAUUGAUACUCAUGCGCCCUUUUCUUCACCUGAGGGUGGUGUUGGUGUUUUGGGGCAGAUUUCGCCGCCUGAGGGGGCGACGGCUGCGUAUCAACCUGAUGGUGAAGGUGUGGGUCAUCAGGGUAGCAUUCCUAUGCCAAAACUGGAGACAUUUUUUCGGAUUAAGGUUUAUUAUAAAGGGAAGAUGGUGAAGGAACAGUUGGUGGAGAAUGACACUGGUUUCAGACUGACGUAUCAGGGAAACAUGUUGGUAUUUUUGUACUUGAUUCAUCACUGAUCUUCAAAUCAGCACCACUGGUUAUGUUUCCUAACAGUAUCCUGUUAGCUCCC